CUGCCCCAAGCUUUCGUCUCUGGGCAGGUUAACAAUAGCAUAAAACAAGUUAAAAACAUAUACAAACACUUAAAACAAUAACAAUUUUAAAAACAAACCAGAGAUUAAAACCUAUUUUUUUUUAAAAAGCUUAGAAUGGGAAGUGGGAGCUGUGCGGCUCCCAUUGGUGAUGGGGCGAACUGGAGAGAGAGGAGCAAGUGGAGCUCCAGGAAGAACAGGCAGAUGUCGUCCCACCCUACCCCGGGAGGGUCAGUGCCCUGCAAAAACUGGGCUCAGCGAGCGGGGGUGGACAGGCUAGCUUGGGGAGGGCCGGGUUUUUUUCUCUGCUGGAUCUGCGGGAAAGCCUUGGGCAGGGCCGGCUUCACGCACACGAGCAAGGGGAGGACCCCCCACCCGCCGCCUUGUGCAAAGCCACACCGGCUGGUCCGCCGCCUGCGGAGCAGCUUCGGGCUCCCUCCCGCGGGUAUCCCUCCCGCCGCCAUGGCAACGGCGUGGCCCCGCCCCCUCAACAUCCGGGCAGCGCGCCUCUUCCCUUGGCUGCGCCAAUCAGGAAAGGGCGGAAGCGGUGAGAGUGUGUGGUUCCGGGUCAGGGCGCCCGCUGGGUCCAGCAGCGAUGCUGCUGCACAAGGUGCCUCCGCGGCUCUGGGACGCGCUGCGGCUGGAGCAGGGCAUAUAUGCCCGGUUGCCCCAGCACUACCUGCGCCGCCUGCGGGAGGACGCCGCCGCUCAGUCCCCCGCCGUCCACUGGAAAGCCCACAGCGCCAAGUUCGUUCGCGACCCCGCCACCGGGCAGCGCCAGCGCGUGCAGAACGUGCCCAUUGAGCCCUACUUCCCGCCCGAGAGCCAGGAGGGUCUGUGGGGCGGCGAGGGCCUGAUCUCGGGCUUCCGCUAUGCCAACAAUGACAAGCUCUCCACCAGGCUGAAGAAGACCUGGAAGCCACAACUCUUUUAUCGGGAGCUGUACAGUGAGAUCCUGGAUAAAAAGCUGAGGAUUACAGUCACCAUGAGGACCCUGGACCUGAUCGAUGAGGCCUACGGUUUUGAUUUCUACAUUCUGAAGACUCCGAAGGCUGAGCUGUGUUCAAAGGUGGGCAUGGACUUGAAGCGCACAAUGCUUUUAAGACUUGCACGCCAGGAUCCCUCUCUCCAUCCUGAUGACCCAGCUAAGAGAGAGGCUGUUUAUAAUAAGUAUAAGGAGUUUGUGAUCCCGGAGGAGGAGGCAGAAUGGGUUGGGCUGACUUUGGAAGAGGCUGUGGAAAAGCAGAGGCUUCUGGAGCGGAAGGAUCCUGUUCCCCUGUUCAAAGUCUAUGCAGAAGAACUGGUUCAGCAGUUCCAAGAACAGAAACUUUCUGAAUCAACUGAAGUGCAGAAGUGUUGAUCAGGAGCCAGUCACCCUUUGGGGGUAGUGAAUUCCUCCUCCUCCUCAGGUUCACAUUGCACAGGCCACAGGAUAGAACUGCUGGAUUUAGAACAGUUAUUUGUGUGAGACCUGCCUAAAUCUUAUGUGAAGGACAGAAUGGGGCCUCCUGCUGUGCUUCCUGGGAGGCUGACAGAUAAUAGCCAGUGUCUGGACUAGAGUGGGGAGACACCAGCCGUCUUGAACUGGAUUCUUGGCUUCUGUUAUGGAUGCUUUUACAGAGCACCAAUAAAGAAGAGUAUGCUUUCA